CUACAACGUUAUGUAUUUUCCAGAGUUAUUGUUAGCUAGGAGGAAGACAUGGAGGGUUCAACGCUGACACAGAGGAGGGCUGAGUGUCAGUUGAAGGAAAGGGAGAUCCAGACAGACUACAUGAUGGAGCUGGGAGCCAGGUUGGCUCUGGUGAGACAGAUCCAGAGGGAGCAGGAGAAGGAGAUGAAGAGGAUUUGGUUUGAGACGAGGAAAAUGCCAAGCCUGAUUGAGGAGAAUGUGAGAGAUGUGACCCACCGUCCACUCACUGAGUUCAUUGCUCCCUGUAUUGACUCCCUCCCACCGCUGGCUUUCACCAAUCGGAGGCCUAUACCAACCAUGUUACAUCCCCCCUCUCCAUUGGCCAUACGCACUCAGGAUGCACAGCGGUUCCUUGUAUUUUCAUACUUUGUCCCUGCUGAGUGCCCAGUUGCCACAGAGGCCACAGCAGAUGUAUCUACUGGUAAAAGAGAGGACUUAUUGACAGAUACACAUCUUUCAUCAAUGCUGCAUCGAUACCUGCCACACUUCUUGAAUGAUGACUCCAUUCCACCACAGCAGACAGUAGAGGGAACCACUGAGCUCUCAGUUGCUCCAGUGGCAAUAUCUAAUAUAAAGGAAGAGGACAGAUUCUAUCCUUUCUCCCUCCCACCACUGGCUCAGCGGUUCGUUGUUAAUUCAUUCAGAAGUCUUCCUUCAGUGCUGCCUCCAUGCCUGCCACCAAUCUUUGAUGAUGACUUCAUGCCUCCAGAGCAGACAGUAGAGGAUGCCUAUGAGGUCUCAGGUGCUACAGAGAACACUUCAGGCACAGCUACUGUUGAUGGAGUGGACAGAUCAACAGCUAAAUGCCCUGUCCCAAUGCUGCCUCCAAGUCUGCCACCUGUCUUUGGCAUUGACUACAAACUGCCAGAGGAGGCAGUAGAGGGAAGCAACAAGUGUCCAGUCGCCAGUGAAUCUGCUGCUUCCGUGUCCGCUGUCCUCCAAGAGGAGUUUUCAGCUGAUAAGAGUCUUCCUGCACCCGCAGCACUGCCUCUGAGGCUGCCCUGCACCCACAGCAUUGACCACAAACAGCUAUGGGAGAAAGUUGAGGACAACACAGAGUUCUCAGUAGACAAAGAAGCAACUGUUGCCAUUUACACUUGGGAAGAUAAAAGUCCUACAGUUCUGCCAUGCAUCCACAACAACAACGACCACCAACUACCAGAGGAGACAGUUGAGGACAACACAGAGUGCCCAGUUGACACCAAGGCAAGUGCAGUUGCAUCCACUGUCAAGAGAGAGGAACUGACAGGUGAUAAAAGCCCUGUCCGAGCAAUUCCUCCAAUCCUGGGAUGCAUCCAUGACAAGGACCACAAGGAGCCAGAGCAGAAAGUGAAGGGCCCUAGUGAAGAGGUGGAUCUCUGCCCUCACGCUCACCAGCUGGACCCAGAUGUUAACUUAACUCUGGCAACCCGCAAUGAUGAACCCAGGACCUGGACCCUGGAAGAGGCAAAGGAUUAUUGGAUAGGCCUUGAAAGUGAGAGUGAAGAGAGGAGCGUCAAGGAGGAGGUGAGACAGAGGGAGGGAUUGAAGCGUGGGGCGGACUGUGCCCAUUCCAAGAGCUCCAAUGGGAUGGCUUCAUCCGAGAGAGCAGAGACCAUCCUUGGAAGAGUGGGCUUUCUGGUCAUGAACCACAUGCAGAAAAUCCCAUUUUUGAAGAUGAAGGAAAAAGAGAAAAAUAAGAAUCUGCAUAAGAAGUUGAAAGAUGACGAGAAAGAGAGAAAGGAGAAGAAAAACAAGGAGGAGGAGAACAAAAAGAGGGAGAAGAAAGAGAUGAAUGAGAGAGAGAAAGAGCAGAAGAAAGUCAUGAAGGCUGAGAAAAAGAGGGAGAAGUUAGAACAUAAAAAGAGAGAGAAGGAAAGAAAAGAGAAGGAAAAGGCAGAGAAAAAGAGGUUAGAGGGGCUGAUGAAGAUACAUAAUGACAUGAUGAAAGACAGGAUUAAGAAAGAGAAGAAGUGUUCUGAGGAGCUGAAAAAGAGAGAGAAAGCUCAAGCUGAGUUCUUGGAGAUGGAGAGAAAGAUUCAAGAAAAGGAGGAGAAGAAGAGAGAAAAGAGGAGGAAAGAGGAGAGGAAGAGACUAGAGAAGAAGAAAAAGAGGGAGCCAGCUGGAGGUGGAACUGAGAGGGUGACAGAAGAGCAGGGAAAGGAUGAAAGCUUGAAGAUGGAUGAGUAGACUGGGUAUUAGAGAGAGAGAGCAGG